GUCAAAUUAAUAAUCUUUGGGCUGGUCUCUUACUUGGGACUGACCCAAGUCAGUUCAGUGCAGAUUGCGCCGAAUACACUUAUUAGCAAAGAGGACUAUCAUCGGAUUAUGGAAUUUCGUCCUCUUGCUGUAGAGUUUAUGCAUCACUUUGGAAACUUUUCGCAAGCAGAUUUGGAUUUACCCAACAGUCGUAUUCCCAGUCAGCAGGAUCUGCAGUGUCUGGCUGACAUGGCUCUACUGAUGAACGGUGUCACUUCUCUCAACUAUUGGGCAUUGAAAAUGAUCGAUGCUUGGGGCACAUUUCCAAAGGGACUUCUGUAUGGCAAUAUCAUGGACAUGGGCAACUAUGAUGAGUGCAUUGGAAUCAAUAAGGCAAUAGCUGACAACUAUAAUAUAAAGGGAAAAUACUGCUAUGCACGAGUUCCUUUUCCAAUAGAAUUGGUGGAUAUCAGAAUAGCUAUUUGCUUUCCCUCCUCCUGCUCUGCGGCUCUCAUGGAUACAUUUUUUAAACAAUUAUUUAACCGACUGCUUAAUGUGACUGUAACUAAGCAAAUAGUAAAUGAUGAUUACUGUAAGACAGCCGAAAAAGAACCUUACGAUGGCCUAACAAUAUUCACAAUAGUUCUACUAUCAGUUCUGGCUGCUGCUAUGCUACUUGCCACUCUCUGCGACUAUUUCCUCUUCGAGGAUCAAAGUAGACUGCCAGGAGUUAUCAAAGCUUUCUCUGCACGCUCAAAUUCUCGAGCUCUCUUCCGAAUUGUUCAGCCUAAAUCGAAUCCCAAUGUCAUCGAUUGUCUUCAUGGACUUCGUUGCAUGUCGCUCAUCUGGGUUAUAUUUAGCCAUCAAUAUAUACUCGCAGUAAUGGCUCCAAAUUUGAAUGCAGUAAAAAUGUUUCCGUGGAUCGCAAGUCCGUUUGCCAGCUUCAUACUCCACGGUUUCUUCUCGGUAGAUACCUUCUUGGUAAUCAGUGGCCUAUUGCUAGCAAUGAUCGCCCUGCGAUUAAUGGAGAAAACCAGAGGCAGACUCAAUAUUCCGAUGAUGUAUCUCCAUCGGUAUUUGAGACUUACUCCAGUUGUAGCUGUAGCUAUCAUCGUACAUAUGACACUAAUUCCCAUACUGAGUGAUGGUCCGGCUACAGACAAGGCGCAGUUCGAUAACUACGACAACUGCAAAAGCACUUGGUACUUGACUUUACUGUAUGUCCAAAACUAUGCCACUCCAAACAUGUGCGUAAAUCACACCUGGUACCUGGCUGCAGAUAUGCAAUUGUAUAUUCUAUCGCCAAUAUUCCUUAUCGCUUUGUAUAAGUGGGGCAAGAAAGCCGCUGGGGGAAUCUUUGUACUAAUGCUUCUACUCUCUGGCUGCCUCUUUGCCACAAUGAUGACCGAAAAAUAUCCCGUUAAUUUAGAUAAAGGAAACAUCAAUGGUGAGAGCCAACGCAAACUCUACUUGGCGACACAUGUUCAUGCGGCACCCUGGUUAAUCGGAUUCCUCCUUGGAUAUUUCCUGCACUUGAAUCGCAACAAGUCAUUCCAACUGAAUCGCAUUUCGAUUUGGUUGGGUUGGAUUGUCAGCUUGGCCAUGUUGUUUGCCUCGUUGUUUGCUCUGUAUCCAGCUGCCCAGUGGAGUGCAGAACCAUUGACAAUGGGAGAGCAGGCUGCCUACUAUACGCUGAGUCGAAUCGCUUGGCCAUUGGGCAUCUGUUGGGUGGUGUUUGCCUGCAUGAAGGGAUAUGGAGGAUUGGCCAACAGCUUCCUCUCCUCGCCACUCUGGCAACCACUGUCAAAACUCUCUUAUACGGCAUACAUGUUUCACACAGUAAUGCAACAAAUAAACGCAAGGCGACUGAGGACCAACACCGUCUUCUCAGACUACGAUAUAAUGCUGUACUUCUGGCAAGCUUUUGGCUUUACAUUGCUGAUGUCCUACGUAAUUUACAUAAUUGUUGAAGCACCUUUUGGUGCAUUGGAAGGCAUGAUGAUGCCUCAACGCAAACCUAAACCAAAGACUGAGGCGCCCGAUGAGACACAGACUGAUAAAAUUCUAGUUGUUGAGGUGCAAAAGACAGCUGAACCUCUUGAACACGCCACAAGUUCUGAGCAGCAACAAAUAGAGUAGACUUAAGUUAAAAAUAACUAAUUUAAUUAUCAGCAUUUAAGCCGAAUUUGUAGCGGAUUAUUUAUAUAAAGCAUUUGAUAAGACAAUAACUUAAGUACGUCAA